CUUUCUCUCUAACCUCACAAUACCCCAACAAUGGCCGUCUCAACCUCCACCACCACAACCUCCCCACCAGGAACAUCGUCAACCCCAAAAUCCACACACGUCUCCGACCAAUCCCUCCUCCCCUUCCUGCAACCCACAUUCGACCCAGCCGACUACCUCAACACCACCCUCCCAUCGCUCUCCCUCUCCUCCGUCAGCGCCAGACCCCUCAAGCAACAGCAGCAAUCAGCCCCCCUCUCCGACCUCUCCUCGCAUACCCAGGACCUCCUCUCCCAGCUCAACGCCCACACCACCCGACUCUCCACCAUCCUCACCCAAUUGACCGAUGACCUGCUGCGCUCCGGCGGUCGACUGGCCUACGAGGUCGAAGUCCUACGCGGCGAGACAAUCAGCCUCACAGAAACCCUAACCGACACCGUGAAAGACGACGUCAAGAAAUUCGUCCCCAAUGGCAUCCAACCAACCCCAACCUCACCCAACGACGGCGAAAACGACGGCGAAGAAUCCAACACACCCAACGACGCCAACGAAGCUCCCAAUACCUCAGCCAACCCACCACCACAAACCCAAACCCCAACCCCCCAACAACCCCCAGACCAACAGCAACCACCAACCUACAUAACCCAACUCCGCACCCUCACGCUCGUCCGCACCCGCCUCGAAUCCGUCAUCAAGAUCUUCGGCGAAGCAAUGCACUGGACGCUCCCGCCCUUCGACGUCUCCCUCACCUCCUCCCUCAUCUCCGUCUCCGCGCCCGAGCCCGGCACCGACGCCGCGGACCGCGAGAAGCGCGGCAAGGAGUUUGCGAGCGCACUGCGCAGCGAGAUAUCGGACCUCCUGACUGGUGCGGACGACUCCGCCGCGGGCGUCGCGGCGGCGGAGGUUAGGAUCCGUGCGCUGAGGGAUCUGGCGGUCGUGUGGAAGGGGACUGCGGAGGAGAAGGCGAGGGUGAGGUUUGUGGAGGGUUUGGUGAGGUUGGUGGAGGAGAGGCAGAAGAGUUUGGAGGCGGCGGCGGCUGCUGCUGCUGCUAGUGCGCAGAAGCAGAGGAGCGGGCGUAGCGGGAGCAUAAGGAAGUCCCAGGAGGUGCCGGUUCAGAAGAGCAGCGGUAACACUGGCGGCAGUAGUAGCAAUAACGGUGGUGGAGGUGGAGGUGGAUUCUUGGAUAAUUUACAGCGGAUAAGAGAGAACAUCUAUGGCGACUAGAUACCUCCACAUACAUGCUUAGACAGACAUAUACAUAUACCCUUUCCGCCGCAUUAAUCCCCCAAAAUAAUAUACACAGUCCUGUAC